UCUUGCGAAAAAGAAAUCCAAAAAUAACGAAGAAUCGAAAAGGUAAAACGAAAAAGGAAAAUACAGGAAAUUGAGAAAUAGAAAAAAAAGAAGGAAGAAACGAAAAGAGAAGAACCCUAAUUUUCGUAGCGAAAUUGGCUCUCAUCGAUUAUUCAUUUAUUUGACGAUGCAGAGUUUUUCCAAGCAGUAGUUCCAGUGAGGGAUUCAUUCAAUCGCUCCCCCCAUUUCACAUUUUCUCUCUCCUCUAUCUCUCACUCAGGACUUUGGUAUCUUGUUGUACUUUGAGCCGGGGGAUGGAAGGGGACAGAAAGGGUGUUCUUAAAGGACGACAAGGCACCCCGUUCAAGAGAAGGGGUGCAAAUAAGAAAGGGAAAUGGAAUAAUUCUAGGCCUGAACAUCAUGAGAACACUCAGGUUCCUAACCCUACCGACACUGUUUACCGGAUUCUCUGCCCAGCUAAAAAAAUUGGUAGUGUUAUUGGCAAAGGGGGUGGUAUAAUUAAAGUCUUGAGGGAAGAGACUAAGUCGAAGAUUACUGUUUCCGACACAAUUCCUGGAUCAGAUGAGCGGGUAAUAAUGAUUUAUAGUCCUCCUGACAAAAGCUCGAAGAAAGAGGUAGAUGAGGGGAAUGAGAUCUCCAUGCCAUCACAUUGUCCUGCUCAAGAAGCUCUCAUGAGAGUUCAUGAUAGGAUUAUUGAGGAAGACUUGUUGGGUGGAAAGGAAGAUGCUGAAAAUGAAAACUGCAUGGUCAUUGCUCGUCUUCUCGUUCCGAAUAAUAUGGUGGGAUGCCUUCUUGGUAAAGGGGGAGAUGUUAUUCAGAAAUUGAGGAGUGAGACUGGGGCCAGCAUUCGGGUGCUUCCAGCUGAGCAUCUUCCGUCAUGUGCCCUACCUACCGAUGAACUUGUGCAGAUGCAAGGAAAACCUUCGAUUCUGAAGAGAGCACUCUAUGAUGUUUCAACGUUGCUGCAUCAGAAUCCACGCAAGGAGAAAGCUUUAAAUUUCCCCAUGCCUUCCCGAGGCCCAGGUUUUCAUGCUGCGGGUCCUCAUUUGACAAAUUUGCCUCCACCGCGUGGAGGUGACCCUAUGUGGUCUCCACGAGAUCCGUCUCGACACAUGCCACCACCACCAUGGAUGGAGGACUAUGGGCGCCAUCCUGGACAUAACCCAGGCGCUUUUGAUGAUGAUCUGACCAGGCCUGGUCUUGAACCUUCUGGUGAAUUUUCCUUAAAAAUUUUAUGUUUAGUCAGCAAGAUUGGGGGGGUGAUUGGCAAAGGAGGCAUCAAUGUGAGGCAGUUACAGCAGGAAACUGGUACAAGUAUACAUGUUGAAGAUGCAUCUACCCAGCCAGAGGAGCGUGUUAUUCGUGUUUCUGCUUUUGAGACGUUACGAAACCAGAGAUCACAGACCAUUGAUGCGAUUCUUAUGCUUCAAAAUAAAGUUAGUGAUGUUUCUGAGAAGGGCAUAAUCACUACAAGAUUGCUGGUUCCCUCUAAUAAGGUUGGAUGCCUCCUCGGUCAAGGAGGCACAGUUAUCAAUGAAAUGAGAAGGAGAACACAGGCAGACAUACGCGUUUAUUCUAAGGAAGAAAAGCCCGAGUGUGCUUCAGAAGAUGAAGAGCUUGUGCAGGUGUCUGGAAGUUUUGCAGUAGCCAAAGAUGCUCUGGCAGAGGUAGCAUCAAGGCUAAGGGCAAGAUGCUUGAGGGAUGCUGGUGCUGCUGCAGAACCAGCCCCACCUCCUUCAAGGCCUGUCCAUGGAUAUGGUACAACUGGAGGUUUUCCACGAGGAGAACCCCAGGGUCCUGGUCCAGUUGGAAUGGGAUCCACUGGUAGCUACAGUGCUGUCAAGGGUGGAAUGCACAACUAUGAGCCUCCUAGUUACUCAGUCCAGCCAAAUGCAUCUAGGUACUCGAAUCCUAAUAGUUCUAUGGAGUCUCACUACCCAAAUAGUUCUAUGGAGUCUCACUACCGAAAUAGUUCUACGGAGUCUCACUACCCAAAUAGUGGGAUAAGUUCAGCUCCUGGGGCAGGAGGAUAUGCAAAUCAUCCCGAGGCUCCUGGAAUGAGAAUGAAGCUUCAUGAUCCUUACCUCAGUGCCUCAGAUUCUCGGGUUGACAUCCAUGGUGGCUCUGAUCGUUAUCCUGCUGCCCCCCCAGUUAAUUACAAUAAUUAUAGUGGGCCCAACAACACUCAUCAGGGUUCCUACCCAGAUCCUAAAGGACAAAGCUCUUAUCACAGCAUGGCUCCACAACAAACUGCUUAUCAAAGUCCUUAUCAGAAUCAUCAAGUUCCUUAUCAACAGAACAAUGCUCAACAGAGCCCCUAUAGAAACAUGAAUGCCCAGCAUGGUGCUUAUCAGAGUGUUCCAGCGCACAAUUCCUACCAAUACUAACUUCCCCUUUAUGAGCAUUUUUGUAUCAUAUAGCUGAAAUUAAUUAGUUUUGGUGAUAUUAUCAAUGGCAAGUUAGAAAUGCAACCAUGGUGAUUUAGAGUUGUUCUUUCAUUUUUCUACUCUUUUUCCUGUAACGUUAGUUCUCUAUCAUUUUGCUGGGUCUGUUUUCUUGCAUUGAUCCGUUUGUGCUGGUUUCGUUGAAGGAAGCUGUAAGCAUAUUGUAAUAUUAGGUUCCCAAAAUUAAUGGUUUGCAUACUUAGUUCAA